AUGGCCGAUCCUAAGAUUCAAGAACUCAUGAACAAGCCCCGCGCUGAGCUCACGGAGUAUGAGAUUUCUGCGCUCGAAGAACAUGAAUUUACCUCCGGUCCGCUGUCCAUCCUCCAAACCGCCGUCCGAUCACACACCCAGGUCCUAAUAUCAUGCCGCAACAAUCGCAAGCUCCUCGCACGUGUCAAGGCUUUUGAUCGUCACUGUAAUAUGGUACUUGAAAAUGUGAAAGAAAUGUGGACAGAGACGCCGCGCAAUGCACAGGGAAAGAAGGGUAGACCAGUGAACAAGGACCGCUUCGUCAGCAAAAUGUUUCUGCGCGGCGACAGCGUCAUCUUGGUGUUGUUGAGUUAG